AUGACAGGUCAAAUGCCAAGACUUUCUAAAGUCAAUCUUUUUACUUUGUUCAGCCUCUGGAUGGAGCUCUUCCCUUCGACUGAGCAACAGAAGAAAUCACAGGUGAAGAAGAGUGGCCUAGUUGUGGUAAAAAACAUGAAGAUUGUUGGUCUUCAUUGUUCCAGUACAGACUUGCAUGCUGGCCAGAUUGCACUCAUAAAACAUGGAUCAAGACUUAAAAACUGUGAUCUUUAUUUCUCCAGAAAACCAUGUUCAACUUGUUUAAAAAUGAUCGUAAAUGCUGGGGUCAACAGGAUUUCUUACUGGCCUGCAGAUCCUGAAAUCAGCUUGCAGAAUGAGGCGUCCAAUCCCAUGACUACAGAUGAUGCAAAGCUAGAUGCCAAAGCAGUAGAAAGACUGAAGUCAAAUAGUCGUGCUCGUGUUUGCGUGCUGCUUCAGCCCUUGGGGUGCUCCAUGGUGCAAUUUGUUGAAGAAACUUCCACCGAGUUUGAUUUUAUUCAAAAAAUAGUAAAAUCUCAGCCUGACUCUAAUACUGACUUUUACACUGCAUGUAGACAAGAGAGAAUAAAAGAGUAUGAAAGUUUAUUCCUAAUUUCAAAUGAGGAAAUGCACAAGAAAAUAUUGAUGACAAUGGGACUGGAGAACCUCUGUGAAAAUCCGUACUUCAGCAACCUAAGGCAAAAUAUGAAAGAUCUUGUCUUGGUCUUGGCAACAGUGGCUGCCAGUGUCCCAGUCUUUGGAUGCUUUGGAUUUUACAACAGUGAAUCGCAACGAACAAAUGAAACAGACCAUCAGAGUUUGCCCCAAGAAAUUGCAAGGCACUGUAUGAUACAAGCCAGACUACUCGCAUACCGGACAGAGGACCAUAAAACAGGAGUUGGAGCUAUUAUUUGGGCAGAAGAAAAAUCAAGAAGCUGUGAUGGAACGGGAGCAAUGUAUUUUGUAGGCUGUGGUUACAAUGCCUUUCCUGUUGGAUCUGAAUAUGCUGAUUUUCCACACAUGGAUGAUAAACAAAAAGAUCGGGAAAUCAGAAAGUUCAGAUACAUUAUACAUGCGGAGCAGAAUGCCUUAACAUUCAGGUGUCGGGAAAUAAAGCCAGAUGAGAGAAGCAUGAUAUUUGUGACAAAAUGUCCAUGUGAUGAAUGUGUCCCUUUAAUCAAAGGCGCUGGUAUCAAGCAGAUCUAUGCAGGAGAUGUUGAUGCUGGAAAAAAGAAAGCAGACAUAUCCUAUAUGAAGUUUGGUGAAGUUGAGGGUGUAAGCAAAUUUACAUGGCAACUAAAUCCACUGCACACCAAUGCCAUUGAAUUCCAUGACCCCACAGCCAGGGAAAAUGGGGUCCAGAAAACAAAAUCACUAGAUGACCAGCAGCACCAAAGCAAGAAACUGUGUCUUGGUCACUAUUGAAUAAUUAAGCACUUCUUCAGUCUCGCUCUGUGUUUUUUAUAAUGCAGCCUGUUUGCACUUUCAAAUAAGAAAGAGUUUUAUUUAUUGUUUGGAAAGUGAUUUUUAGAAUAAGUUUAUUUAUGAUGUCUUUAAUGUUUUAUGGAAUUACCUGAAGGUAUUUUUAAUUUAGAAGUUGUUCUUGGCAAAAAAAUGCUGCUUGUAUUUUCUGUGAAAGUAACUGGGUGGCUGAUCAUUGUUAACACAUGAAAAAAAAAAAGGACUGAAAGUUUAUUGCUGGCAGAUCACAGUAAUAAUAAAAUGGUACCUUUCUGCUUGG